CAAUGAAUCAAUCUAUUUCAAUUUCCCCCAUCUUCCCAUGUAUGUAUGUGCCUUUGUAGGGGGAGGUUCGCUUCGGAAGACGCACGUGCAGCUGGCGGUCUGCUUGCGUCCGACCGUUUGACCUCUCCUGUUUACGUGCGCGUGCAGCAUGGGGAGGGGGGAGGACAUUCCUCGAGUCGGCGACUGCGGAAUUACAUACCCUAACUCGGCCCUUGCAGGUCCAUGUAUAGUCGAUCCCCUCUUCUACUGGCACGUUGCUGUCGACAGCAUUCCUGCCCCGCGAACUAAUUCGCUUCGCUUCCUUUCCCCCCUCAAAAAAGCAAAAAAACGAAAAAAAAAAAAAAAAACCACAAAAGCUCGUGUUGAUUGGGCUGGCUGCUUUUUCGUAUCCCGUCCCCAUGUCGCUCUAUCGAGCGCUUUCGGAUGGGCUAUCCUGGUUACCGUGAUAUUUUAUUCCGUUUCGCAUAAAUUGAAUGAGUGGAUGUUCAUUUUCAUGUACUUUGCUUCUUGCUUUUUUCACGGCGUCCAAUUGGGGAACUAGGGUUGGGCAUGAGGUGUGGGUACCAAUAGACCUCGGGCAUAUGAAUUGGGAGGCAUCUAGGGUAUCGACACGCGGGGCGGGUGAAUACACGAAGGGCAUAAUGGC